AUGCUCACCCCGGCAGCGAGCUCCCUCGGCCACCGCCCGUUCCCACCGGUCAUGGGCCUGUACGUCAACAGCUCGGGCGUGCUGUCCGCGCUCACGAGCUUCAAGCUGUGCGGCGCCAGCGCGGCCGACUUUCUCUACCUGGUCGAGGUGCACUUCGGCUACACGGCGCGCGGCCCGCUCGGCUUCGGGCACGGGUACUACCUGCGCGACGGCACGAGCUCGCGGGACGCCGUCCUGGCGGCGACGGGUGACGAGGUGCCCCUGCGGUUUCCGUUCUCGAUGCUGCGCGGCAAGCUUGUCGUGCUGCUGCCGCCGCUGGACGCGGGAGGAGACGUGGUUGGGAAGGAUUUGAAAAAAGGUCCGAUGGGCAAGGGGAAGGGGAGGGGAAGGGUGGAGGACAAGGUCAGGGAGGUUUUGCAGCCGGCCACGAGCAAGGCGCACGGGGUUGUGUUUCGAUUUGCGGUAGAGGUUGGGGUCGGCGCGAUGCGGCGGGAGGAAUUUGAGUGGCGGAAACGCGAGAAGGUGAAGAAGGCAGACGCGGAUGAAGAUCGGAAGGCGGGUCGGCACUUCAGGCUGUGUCGUCCGCCGUCGGCAGCACCGGGCGCCGCUUCCUCCUCGUCGUCGCCCCCACCUCCGGCCGGCACGCCCGCAGAUGGCGAGAUCCUGGCCGAGCUUGUGAUUGAGAAAACGACAAACCUGAGACGCCCUCUCAGUUUAGAGCUCAAGGGCGCUGCCCUGACGGGAGAGCUGGGUCCCCGCUGGACGCUGAUGGUUGUGAUGACGGCGCUGGGCCUCCUCUGGCUGCACCACCAAGGGAGGACAAUCAAAGGGACAGUUGCAUUGAAGGAGAAAAUGCGUGGAAAAUAG